GUUUGUCGGUCGGUCGGUCGGUAGGCAUUCAGUAGUUAGAGAGUAUUAUUUUAAUGACAUUUCCAUAUAAAAUAAAUAUAAUUGCUUGUAGAUACUCUGGAAUACAAAGUCAAAUAAUUGCAGCUCACGAAAUGGCGGUACAACAAGGCUUCCUUAAAAAGAUUUACGAAAGACUUAUUCAAGGCGACCACAAUGACGUCAAUCAAUCAAUAAAAUAUUUACAUGCUCCUAUACCACGAAGGUUUCGAGCAUGUCUAUCCCAGGUUCGGCCACCGGAUGCCAGUAGUAGACAAUGACGUCAAACUUGUUUUUCAAGAUGACUGCAUGACAGGAAGUCGACUUUGUCUGACAGCACUGUCGUCCUAUUUUGAGUCCAUGUUGACGUCUGACAUGCUUGAGAAGAACACUAGAGUGGUCGCGUUACCGACAGUGUCUAAAGAAACCUUUGAUGAUGUGCUGAAAUUUCACUUUCUUGGUGCGGACGUCGUCAACAGCGUCAACUGUUUCUUGCUUCUUGAUAUCGCUGAGAUGAUGCAACUGGAUGAACUCAAUUCUCGCUGUCGGAUUUAUAUGAAGAACAGCCUUACAUUCACUACAAAAAAUUGCAUACACGUGUGGAGUUCAUUAAAGAAGUACGGGAUGGAAGAUGUUGCUAAAAAAGCUUUUCGGUACAUAGUCAGGAACUUGGAGGGACUUUCAAAGAAUGGGUCAAUCGCAGAUCUGACAAAAGAUGAAUAUCUUCAUCUGCUGUCUCAGGAUGAUUUGUCGCAGAAAGAAGAGGACGUCCUUCGAGAUCUUCAGAAGUGGAUCACGGAAAACAAUUCUCCAGUCGAAACUAUGGUGGAUCUGUUCGCAAAAAUCAGAUUUGAGCUCGUCAGCUACGACUAUUUGAUUGACAACGUCGCUUUUACAAGCAUUGUUAAGGAACAUGAGGACUUACAGCAAGUGGUUCAGAAGGGACUCAAAAGCCACCAUUACCACCUUGAGGAAUGGAAUUCUUUUCAAGACAACAGGUUUUCAGUACAAAUGGUUGAUGUUAUUUUCGUCCUUGGCAAAUCUAGAGUCCUCUCUGUCGCAUGUUUAACUGACCAAAGAUGGUGUAAAUUGCCGUCAUCGCCUUUUGGUUCACCAGGUGAUUGGUUUUCAGGUGCCGUCUUGGGAAAAUCAAUAUACAUUACUGGGGGCUCUGUAGCAACGACAUCAACAGCUGCAUAUAACGUAAUAAGAAAGACAUGGAUACGUGGACCACAUCUCAAGCAUCAUCGCUUUGGGCACUCUAUGGCUGUCCUAGAUGACACACUGUACGUGUUUGGAGGAGAACAUAGUAGCACUAUAGAACAGCUGCAGCUAGGGCAGCUCGAGUGGCAAGUGGUUGGAGAUCUCGAAUGUAAACUAACAGGUCCCUGUGCUGAGGCUGUUGGAGAAAAUAUUUUGAUGAUUGGUGGAAUAUCGGGUGGCUGUAAAACAUAUCCAGUGGUUUGCUUCAACACAAAGACACGCGCUGUGUGCAAAAUCAACAUCGACUUGCACAGUAACAAAGUGGCCGGAUCAUAUCUAGAGUUGCCAAACCUGUAUUUAUUACAUUCUGAUAAGGUUCUUGAAGUCAUUCAUGUCGACGACAUAAACAAACCAACAUUAAGAGUUGAACAUGUAGCAAGGUUUGGCAAAAUAUAUGACAUUUUUUGGCAGAAGUCUGGAAUUGUACACAGAGGAGACUAUAUCAUUGUUAUUUCCGAAUACGGUAUAGAGAAGUUACACAUCAAAGAUGGUUCCCGAGAACACAUUACCUUUGGUAAUGCACCAGCAUUGUUUACUCUCUUUGGUACUGUGAACAUACGGAUACCACGUUUCUGUUUGCAGUAAAACAACACAGUACAAUGGAAAUAAUGAAUGAAUGAAUAAAUGAAUGAAUGUUUAACGACACCCCAGCACGAAAAAUACAUCGGCUAUUGGGUGUCAAACUAUGGUAAAUUCAAACAAAUAAUGUUGGAAAGAAGAAGAAAGAUAUGAUCACGGUGCCCACGAUGUGUAGUGAACUUGGCUUCAGAACACCUCAAAUGAUAAAGACACGGCGUUUUACUAGAGUCAUAGAUAUAAGAUAUACAUUUUUAGACUGUGGAUCGGAAGAUGAGUUACCUUUUGGGUUUGAGCGUGAGCCAGAACCACGAGAACCUUUGGGUUUGAGCGUGAGCCAGAACCAUGAGUUAUGCGAGCUACGAUAGCUAGGUUAGCUAUGUGAUCUAUAACUGGGUGUGAGGGAUGACAGAUGUGACCAGCGGAACUGUAGGAGAACCAUCUGCAAGAGAUGUCUACAGACUGGCGUGGUGGCGGACUGUUGUUAGGAUGUCUGCAAGAGAUGUCAACAGCCAACCAUCCAAGAUGUGCUAGUGUCUGGUCGUCAUCAAGACAUUGAUAGUAUUCUCAAUGACAGUGAAUUUCAGAUGAGUUUAUACUGAUGCAAACUGAACUGGUUUAAAAUGAUUAUUUAACUAAGGCUCGAACAUUGACUAGAAGCUAGUUGGCUCAGACUGGGUUACCAUGGACACCAGAAUACAGUUUUUUGGGGGGUUUAAUUUAAGGUUUGGGUAGUGAUGCGUUUGGAGUGAAAUCGUCAUUUUGUAUAUUUAUAUUUUGUAUAUAAAUUUGUUGAAAUGG